CACUCGAAUUACCAUCAGCAGUGAGGUCAUGAGCGCGUAAAUGAAGCAACGACGAGGGAGAGACAGACGGAAGGUCAGUCUGUCGGGUGGUGACCGAGGAGGAGGAUGUGUAGAUGUUACUGCCGUGUCUACCUGUGAUCCACCUGUUUAAUUAGGCUUAGGCGAGUGAAGAACUGGUCAUCUCACGUCAGGCACAAAGACACACACACUUGUCAAGCAGAGACCAGACACACACACACACACACACACACACACACACACACACACACACACACACACACACACACACACACACACACACACACACACACACACAAUGCACACCCAGACAUGCCGGGACGUGUAGAGGCGGGGUCGUCGCCACACACUGAGUGGGUGGCAUGCUGGAGGAGGUAGUGACACACCUCAUAGAAGCUCUGGAACUCAUUUUGCCUGUGUUAGUGUUACAUGUAGUCCUUGGGAAGCUGCUGUUUGUGCUCCUCCCACGGCCUCGCCAGGAGCAGCAAGAGGAGGAGGAGGAGGAGGUGGAGAAGGAGGAGAAGGAGGAGGAGGAGGAGGAGGAGAAAGAAGAAAAAGUACAGUCUGAUAGAGGUGAGGUGAUCAAGUCCCCCUCCAGCCCCAGCCUGGUCACUGCCGACCAGCCCGCCAUGCCUGGGGGGGAGCAGGUGGCUCUUCGCAGCCCAGACUCCAAGGAGUUCACAGUUGCAACACCGCAGGAGUUUGUCAAGAAGUUCGGCGGCAAAAAAAUCAUCACCAGAAUUCUCAUUGCCAACAAUGGCAUUGCUGCUGUCAAGUGCAUGCGCAGUAUCCGCAAGUGGGCGUAUGAGGUGUUCAGAAAUGACCGCGCCUUCCACUUCAUUGGCAUGGUCACCCCAGAGGACCUCAAGGCUGGUGCCGAGUACAUCAAACUGGCUGACACCACAGUCUGGGUUCCUGGUGGUGCUAACAACAACAACUAUGCCAACGUGAAGCUGAUUCUUGACCUGGCGACACGUUAUGAUGUGGACGCUGUGUGGGCUGGCUGGGGGCAUGCCUCUGAGUACCCUGAGCUGCCAGCCAAACUUCACAAAAAUGGGAUUGCCUUCAUCGGUCCACCAGAGAAGGCCAUGUGGGCGCUUGGGGACAAAAUAGCCUCCAGCAUUGUGGCUCAGACAGCAGACAUCCCUACCCUUCCAUGGUCUGGCUCAGAUCUAAAGGCAGAGUUCAGUGAGGGCACCAAUGGCUCUAACCUGAAGAUCCCCCGUGACCUGUACAAGAAGGGGUGCGUGGAGACGGUGGAGGAGGCACUGGUAGCAGCUCGCAAGAUUGGCUUCCCAGUGAUGAUCAAGGCGUCUGAGGGUGGUGGCGGGAAGGGCAUCAGGAAAGUGGAGACUGAGGAUAACUUCCCUGCACUCUUCAGACAGGUUCAAGCAGAGGUGCCCGGUUCCCCCAUUUUCAUCAUGAAGCUUGCUGAGUGUGCUCGUCACCUGGAGGUUCAGAUCAUUGCUGACGUGUAUGGCAAUGCUGUGCCACUUUUUGGCCGUGAUUGCUCUGUACAGCGGCGACACCAGAAGAUCAUUGAGGAGGCGCCGUGUGUCAUCGCCAACCCUGAGGUGUUUGAGAAGAUGGAGAAGGCUGCUGUCAAGCUAGCAAGGUUAGUAGGGUACGUCAAUGCAGGGACAGUGGAGUACCUCUAUGACAAUGAUGGCAACUUUUACUUCCUGGAGCUCAACCCUCGGCUGCAGGUUGAGCAUCCCUGCACUGAGAUGAUCACCGACAUCAACCUUCCAGCUGCCCAGCUCCAGGUGGCGAUGGGAAUUCCUCUGCACCGUGUCCGCUGUGUGAGGGUUCUGUAUGGGGAGUCUCCUUGGGGUGACAAUGUGAUAGACUUUGACAACCCGAGGAAGAAACCCAUUCCCAAGGGUCACUGCAUUGCUGCGCGCAUCACCAGUGAAAACCCUGAUGAAGGGUUCAAGCCCAGCUCAGGAACAGUUCAGGAGCUCAACUUCCGGUCCAGUAAGAAUGUGUGGGGUUACUUCAGUGUGUCAGCAUCAGGUGGUCUCCAUGAGUAUGCUGACUCCCAGUUUGGCCACUGCUUCUCCUGGGGCGAGGACCGAGAGGCUGCCAGGGAGAACCUGGUGAUUGCCUUGAAGGAGUUGUCUAUCCGAGGGGACUUCCGCACCACCGUGGAGUACCUCAUCACCCUCCUGGAGACUGAAACCUUCCAACAAAACUCAAUUGACACUGGAUGGCUGGACCACCUCAUUGCUGCUCAGGUGAAGGGCAAGAAGCCAGACACAAUGCUGGCUGUGACCUGUGCUGCUGUCCUCAUUGCUGACAUCACCAUACAGGAUGCUUACAAUAACUUCUACAACUCCCUGGAAAAAGGUCAGGUGCUGCCUCUCAAGUCCCUCAACACAGUGGUGGAAGUUGACCUCAUCUCGGACUGCAUCAAGUACCAUGUGCAGGUGACCCGGUCCGGUCCCACUCAGUACUUUCUGGUCCUCAACAACGACUGUAAGAGUGUUGACUUCUACCGGAUGAGUGAUGCCGGCCUGCUGCUGUCAGUGGAUGGGGUCAGCCAUGUCACCUACCUGAAGGAUGAAGUGGAUAAGUAUCGCCUCACCAUUGGCCACCAGACGUGUGUGUUUGAGAAGGAGAAUGAUCCCACUACCCUCCGCACCUCGGCUCCAGGGAAGCUGAUCAAUUACCUUCAUGAGGAUGGCAGCCAUGUGUUCUCAGGGCAACCUUAUGCUGAGAUUGAGAGCAUGAAGAUGGUGAUGGCCUUGACAGUCACAGAAUCUGGCUGUGUGUAUCACCUGAAGCGUCCUGGAGCAGUGUUGAAUGCUGGGGACAUCAUCGCUCGAAUGGACUUGGACGACCCCUCAUUGGUGACCAAGGCUCAGCUCUACACCGAGAGCUUCCCCCCAAGCAAAACAACACUACCCAGGGAUGCUGAGAAGCUGAAUCACAUCUACCAGUCCCGCAGAGCUGUGCUGGAUAAUGUGCUGAAUGGUUACUGCCUCCCAGAUGACUACUUCACCCCAAUGGUGCGGGAGACUGUGCAGAAACUGAUGAGUGUGCUGAGGGACCCCAACCUGCCCCUCCUGGAGCUGCAGGAGGUGAUUGCCUCCAUCAGUGGCAGGAUUCCUCAGGUGGUGGAGAAGAAGAUCCGCAAAUACAUGAUGAUCUACGGCAGCAAUGUCACCUCCAUGCUGGCUCAGUUCCCAUCCCCAGAGAUAGCCAGUGCUGUGGACAGCCAUGCUGCAUCACUGCAGAAGAAGGACAGGGAUGUGUUCUUUGUCACCACGCAGGGGUUGGUGCAGCUCUGCCAAAGGUACAAGAAGGGCAGUCGUGGCCGCAUGACCCAGGUGGUGCUGGAGCUUCUCAAACACUACCUGCUGGUGGAGACACAGUUCCAGCAUGGUUCAUAUGAUAAGUGUGUCCAUGCACUGAGGGAGCGGUACAAGGAAGACAUCACCAUCAUCCUGGGCACCUUGCUCUCACACGCCCAGGUUGCCAAGAAGAAUCAGAUGGUGAUCCUCCUCAUUGAGCAUCUGUGUGGCCACGAGCCAGGCCUCACCGAUGACCUGUCGUCCAUCCUGGAGCAACUCACCAAACUCAACAGCUCCCAGCACUCCCGUGUGGCCCUCAGGGCUCGCCAGGUCCUCAUCGCAGCACACCAGCCAGCCUAUGAGCUCCGCUACAAUCAAAUGGAGUCAAUCUUCCUUCCAGCAAUAGACAUGUACGGACACUCAUUCCAUCCAGAGAAUCUUCAGAAACUGAUCCUCUCAGAGACUUCCAUCUUUGAUGUGCUUCAUGCCUUCUUCUACCAUUCUAAUGUUGCUGUUCGGAUGGCCAGUCUGGAGGUUUACGUGCGCCGUGCGUACAUCAGCUAUGAAUUGACCUGCCUGCGCCACAAGGAACUGUACGGUGGAGUGUGUGUGGUAUUCUUCAAGUUCCUGCUCCCAUCUUCACAUCCCAACAGGAUUCCCCACAACAAGAUGUGGAGCACCCUGGAGUACUCGGACCCCCAUCACACCCCCAUUGACCCGCCCACCAACCUGGAGAACUGCCAGCGGAUGGGCAUCAUGGCGGCAUUUAAGACCUUCGAGGAGUUUGAGAUCUACUUCAGUGACCUCAUGAACUUCUUCCAGCCAUGUGAUCCUUCAGGUCUGGAGGGAGAGAUGAGCCCACAGGAACUCCUCUCAGGCUCCAUCAAGCUUGGCUCCUCCUUCAAGGAUUUCAUGGGAGAAAUCAAGGAGGCCAAGGACCCCAUACACAUCAUGAACAUAGGCAUCAGCAUGGAGGAGGAGAAGGACGACAGUGAGCUCAGCGAACAAUUUGCUGUGUUCUGUGCCAGCAAGAAGAAGGAGUUCAAGGAUGCUGGCAUCAGGCGCAUCACAAUGGUGGUGUUCUACAAGCAGCAGUUCCCUCGCUACUUCACCUACAGGGCGAGGGAUGAGUUCCAGGAAGAUCGCAUCUAUCGUCACCUGGAGCCUGCCUUGGCCUUCCAGUUGGAGAUCAACCGCCUGCGCACCUAUGACCUGGAGGCCCUUCCCACUGCCAACAGGAAAAUGCACCUCUACCUUGCCAAAGCUAAGGUUGCAGAUGGACAGGAGGUGACAGAUUUCCGCUUCUUCAUCCGGUCGAUCAUCCGUCACUCCGACCUGAUCACCAAGGAGGCGUCUUUUGAGUACCUGGAGAAGGAGGGGGAGAAGUUGCUGCUGGAGGCCAUGGAUGAGCUGGAGGUGGCCUUCUCUCACUCCCUGGCAAAGAGAACAGAUUGCAACCAUGUGUUCCUCAACUUUGUCCCAACAGUCAUCAUGAAUCCAUCCAAGAUUGAGGACUCCAUUCGUUCCAUAGUCAAUCGGUAUGGACGCCGGUUGUGGAGUCUACGAGUGCUUCAGGCAGAGAUUAAGAUGACCAUCCGUCAGACACCAAACAGCAAGACAAUCCCCAUUCGUCUCACACUGUCCAAUGAGUCUGGCUACUUCCUGGACAUGCAUCUGUACCGGGAGAUCACCGAUAAGCUAACAGGACAGGUCAAAUUUAGCGAGUAUAAGAUAGACCCAGCCAGCCGGCCAGCAAAUUACAGCAACUGGCAGCGCUACACCUGGUCCUCCCGGGGUGUGUUCAGUUUUAAUUUGAAGGGUUUUGGGAUCCGCCAAGGUCCUCUUCACGGCUUGCCCAUCUCCACACCUUACAUGACCAAGGACUACCUGCAGUUGAAGAGAUUCCAGGCACAGAAGAACGGCACAACCUACGUGUAUGAUUUUCCUGAGAUGUUCCGUCAGGCCCUUGAGAGAGAGUGGGAGAAACAUCUGAAGGAGAGAGGUGAGAGUGAAGAUAUUCCAGAGCACCUGAUCAGUUUGGUGGAGUUAGUGCUGGACCAAGAUGAUCAGCUGGUGGAGGAAAAAAGGCUGCCUGGAGAGAACAAUAUUGGCAUGGUGGCAUGGCGCAUGACUCUCCACACCCCGGAGUACCCAGACGGCAGGGACAUCAUCGUCAUCUGCAAUGACAUCACCUACCAGAUUGGCUCCUUUGGUCCCCAAGAGGACAUUCUCUUCCUCAAGGCAUCCCAGUUAGCACGGCAGCUCAGGAUCCCAAGGAUUUACAUUGCGGCAAAUUCUGGUGCCCGCAUUGGGCUGGCUGAGGAGAUCAAGCACAUGUUCAAGGUGGCGUGGGAAGACCCAGCUGAACCCGACAAAGGAUUCAAGUACCUUUACCUGACACCAGAAGACUACAAGAAGGUCUCCACCCUUGAUUCUAUCUACUGUGAACUGAUAGAUGAUGAGGACAAUGCACACUACAAGAUCAACCACAUCAUAGGUAAGGAUGAUGGCAUUGGCGUGGAGAACCUGCAGCACUCGGGUAUGAUUGCCGGAGAGACGUCCCAGGCCUACAAUGAGAUUGUGACCUUCUCCUUGGUGACAUGCCGUGCCAUUGGCAUCGGGGCUUACCUGGUGAGGCUCGGCCAGCGUGUGGUGCAGGUGGAGUCAUCGCACAUCAUCCUCACAGGCUUCAGUGCACUCAAUAAGCUGCUGGGACGGGAGGUGUACAGCAGCAACUCUCAGCUGGGCGGUGUGGAGAUCAUGCACAAGAACGGCAUCUCACACGCUGUGGCACCCAAUGACCUGGAGGGCAUCCACACCAUCCUGAACUGGCUUUCCUUUGUCCCCAAGACCAAGGAGUCACCACUACCAAUCCUGGAGCCAGUGGACCCCAUCGAGAGAGUAGUUAGCUUCAUGCCGGGCCGAGCACCAUAUGACCCUCGCUGGCUGUUGGCUGGACGACCCAACCCUAACAACCCAAACGACUGGGAGAGUGGCUUCUUUGACAAAGGCUCAUUCCAGGAAAUUAUGGAGCCAUGGGCGCAGACUGUGGUGUGUGGGCGGGCCAGGCUGGGUGGCAUCCCCAUGGGUGUUAUCUGUGUGGAGACUCGCACUGUGGAGUUCAACCUUCUGGCUGAUCCUGCCAACCUAGACUCUGAGGCCAAGACGGUAUCCCAGGCGGGCCAGGUGUGGUUUCCUGACUCAGCUUACAAGACAUCCCAGGCCAUCCGUGACCUGAAUCAUGAACACCUGCCACUCAUCAUCUUUGCUAACUGGAGAGGCUUCUCUGGUGGCAUGAAAGACAUGUAUGAGCAGGUGAUCAAGUUUGGGGCGUACAUUGUGGAUGCAUUGAGGGAGUACAGUCAACCCAUCCUAGUGUACAUUCCUCCCUAUGCUGAACUGAGAGGGGGUGCUUGGGUGGUAAUUGACCCAACCAUUAACCAGCGACACAUGGAGAUGUAUGCAGACCCCUUGUCCAGAGGAGGUGUGCUGGAACCUGAGGGUACUGUGGAGAUCAAGUUUAAGAUGAAGGACAUAGUGAAGGCAAUGUCCCGCCUUGACCCAACCAUCCACCAGCUGAACAGAGCACUCACUGUGCCAUACCUGCCAGAGGACCAACAGGCUGACAUCAGGAAACGCAUUAAGGAGAGACAGGAGCUGCUUCUUCCUAUGUAUCAUCAGGUGGCAGUGACAUUUGCAGAUCUCCACGACACACCCGUCAGGAUGCAGGAGAAAGGGGUGAUCCAGGGGGUGGUGCCGUGGUCCCAGAGCCGCAGGAUUCUUUACUGGAGGCUGAGGAGGCUGCUGGCAGAGGACAGGGUGAAGAAGGAGAUCAGGAAGGUGCAGCAGGACUUCUCAGAUGGACAAAUUGAUGCCAUGUUGAGGAGAUGGUUUUUUGAGGAAAAGGGAUCUGUGGAGAGUUACCUGUGGGACAAUGACCGGGUGGUUGCCGAGUGGGUGGAGCACCAGAUGGAAGUGUGUGGCAACAGGGAGGAAGGGAACAUCUCAUACAUCCAAGAGAAUCUGCAGAUCAUCAGGAGAGAUAAUGCCAUCUCCCAAGUGAAGGAGGUGGUAAAGGAGUUCCCUGAGAUUGCUGUAGACACCAUCGUUCACAUCAUCCGCCGCAUGUCCCCAUCACAGCGCUCAGAAACCCUGCGCACCCUCAACACCAUGGACCUGGUGAACCAGAAGAGUGAGCCAGUCACCACACCAGACCCCCAGGAAAACUCCAACUGACCCGCAGACUGGCGCUGGGGAAGCCACCUCUAACACCACCAUGCCCCCCGCGUCUCAUGCAUACACACACACACACACACACACACACACACACACACACACACACACACACACACACACACACACACACACACACACACACACACACACACACACACACACACACACACACACCUACCACUAAGCAUGCCAACAAUCUGAAUAUAACAGAGCACACCAGGUUAACACUGCUGCAGCUGAGGACAGGAUACACUUAGUCCCUGAUAAAGGACAAAGUACAUCCUUUCCAAUUUUUUCAUGUGUAGUUUCCAGUAAGUUAGCAGUAAAGUACAUUUUGUAAAUACAUUCAGAAGGAUGAGUCAAGUUCUUAUCCACUUGGGGAGUUUGUAAUGCUCAUUAACUAUUGUUAUCAACCUCUUCUUUCAUAUGAAUUAUAAACAUUCUUUUGUAUAUGUAUGAGAAAAUUCUGAACUGCUUUGUCUCUAUUGAUGAAGUGAACCUUAAUUCCUUCCAUCUAAAUAUAUGAAGCAGGUAUGUGCUUUAUAAUCUGAGGUGAAUGAUAAAAUUUUGACUUGUUCAUCUCUAUAUAGAUGAAAUGAACCAUAAUUCCUUCCAUCUUAAUAUAAUCUCUCUGAACAAAGCCAAUACUUUUAUACAGUUUUUUAAUCAUUGAGAGAAGAGAUUCAGAGUUAAGGGAUGACAGAAGGCAAAGCAUCACCAAAGAGCAGGCAAGACUAGAAUACGUCGUUAGAUCCUUUGUCGUUGUCACGGGAAUGAUCUUCAUGCUUCUGAGUGCUGCAUGGGAUAGUUUGUCAUGCAGGGAAAGACACACCUCUGAAAAAAUUUAGUGUCACAGUUUUUUUUUGUUGCAGUGUGGAGAUUUACCUUGCUUAAAUGUGGUGCUCUGGUGUGCAGAGAGAAAAUCUGAGUUCAUUUGAGAGGGAAAAUAUAUUGUCAGAUGUACUAUGGAGGACUAGGAAGCUGAUGAUGUCCAGUGAGCAGUUGAGAUGCUGUGUUUAUUUUUCUACCUUUGAAAUUAAUUUGCUCUUUUAGUACAUAGUUUAUCAUUAUAUUUGAAAGUUAUAUUUGUUGAUUUAAUGAGCAAAAAAAUCUUUUGCUUACAUCACAAUGAAAUAACCCAUUGUAAUUUCACCCACUUGUUUUCAUAUUACAAAGCAUCUUCACGUUUUUCUUUUAGUUGACAAAGUCUCAUCUGCAAAUGGUAAUCUGUCUUUGCUUAGUAUUGUCUGUAUAAUCAUGCUCAGUUGUAUUGAUUUCCUUCUUCCCAAGACUUUGUUCAUAAGUGCCCAGAUACUCGUAUUUUUUAGUGCAUUACUUUCCGUUCCCCAAAUAUUACUCUACCUCAUUGAUGAACAGAUUGUUUUGUUGGUGCAUCACUCAAGACUGCUUAGAUGUCAGAAAUUGCAUGAGCCACAGAAAGACUUAUUGCUUUAAUUUUGCUUCCACUUUAUUUUUAUUUAUUACUGUUCUUUGUGUGUGUAUAAUGCUUAUUAAAAGUGUGUGUGAGUCAGUAUGAUGCAUGAAAGUCAGACAUUUCACUACUGCAGCUUGAUUCCUUGCCACAGUGCUUUAAGGCAAACAUUGAAAUGAGAUAGCAUUUGAAGAGAAUUCAAUUGUGAGUAGUGUGUAUUGACUCUUAAGCUUAUGUAUGUACCAGUUAUGUGUCUGUUACUUGUGUGGCAUGUGAGAUGGUGCGGCAAGAGACCAGUGUUCAUCCAUUAAUACCACUAUAAUCAUUACAUCACAGUCAUAGUCAUUACCACACCACCAUCACCAUCAGUUUCAACGCUUACAAAGUAAAUUUCCCCCUUGAACAUUCCCCAUGCAAAACUUUUCCACAAAACUAGUACACCAUGAUAGGUUAUCAUGGGGUAAUUUAUGAUUUAUCAUGGGGUAAUUGUAAUUGUUUGGGGUUAAGAGGAGGAAUCUUCAGGGAUGGAAGUGUUCCAACAACUGUAGCAGCACAGUAUUAUAUGUACUGUCUUCUGCUCAUCACUCUCAGAUCCAUUUUUAUGUAUGUGUAAUAUGAUCUUCCUCUUGCUUGUGGAAGUUAUAAGAUACUGUUUGUCAUGUUUUAAUGUGUUGCAGCUUAUAGUGUUGGAGUGUAGGUUGAUUAAUUAAUUGAGGAUAAGGAGAAAAGUGAAAGGCAUCUUUUAUCCUGUGAAUCUUGAAAUUAUGGAAGCAUUAAUUGUCUUGUGAUGUGAGAGGUGGCUUGUUUAGGGGCAAUGUAAGCACAGUCAUGAUUAGAGAUCAAGUCACUUGCAUCUACUACCAUCAUGUUUUGUCUUUUCCCAUCUUAAGUUCUGUGACCUGUCAAAAAUCUCAAUUAAUCUGAGAGGUGACUGAUUGUUAGUAGAUCAGCGGACUUCGGAUUGGGUGAAAUACAGAACACAGUUGUAGUAAAUGCAGGUUACUUACUCCAGACAUUGAUUGUACACACAUAGGCGAAACACAGGUGUGAAGGUUCAUAGUCAAAGGCUGGUUUUUCAGUCUAUGAAUGAUAAAUGUUUUUCCUCCCUGAACUGCAACCAGAUGAUGUUGAUGGAUGAUAAUUUUAUGUCAGUUUUUAUUUGUAAAAUUAUGUGUUUGUGAAAUAUGAUUGUCUCUUAUGAUUGAUACUUUUUGACUACAAAUCAGGGAAGGAUUUGAAGUUAUAAUCUAAUUACCAAAUGACACUUAUGCAUUCAUAGUUUAGAAACAAAAUAGUUAGACAUGCACCAUUUUUGCAAUAUUUUUAGAAUGAGUAGCAUGUGUUCUUGCUAAUAAUUAAUGUACAAGGCAGAUUAAAUCUUCUGCACAUUGCUAGAUAAAAUUUAACAUGAACUAUUUUCAUUAUGGUGUCCUGGGAAUAUUUUAAAAGUGAUGAACGGAUUUGUCAGUGCUGGUGGUGAGAAUUUAAAAGAAUUGUAUUGUAUGAAUUAAACAUUGAAUUUGUGUGAGGUUUGAACACUGAACUGGCAACUGACUAUGGCACUAAGACAUUUAUGUUUGUCAGGUAAUCUGAAGCUAACCUAAAGAGAACCUAACUUUAUACUACAUGAAUAGUGUGAAGCUUUGAAUAAAAUGACUGUGUUAUAUUAGGUGGAUUAUGACACUUGCAUGGAAAGGAUGUAAUUGUUUAUAUUAGAUGAAUAAUCUGAAACUUGAAUGAAAACUACAUUGGUAACAUUAUAUUAGAAGAAUAAGCUAAAGUUUUUAUAGAGUGUAACUAUUUAUAUUGGUGAAUAAUUUGAAAUUUAGAGAAGAAAUCAUGAAACUAUAUUAUGUAUCAGUGAAUAAUUGGAAGCUUGUAUAAAAAAACUUCAUAUUAGGUCUGAAGCAUAGAAGGUGCAGCAGUUGCCAAGAAAUUCACAAUAAGUAGUAUUGGUUUAAGAUGAUAAACAAUUAUUAUUAUGCUGGUUUAGGGACAGUUGUGUUGUGCAUUAAUUCCUUAUUAUAAUAGUGUUGACUGGCCUGAGUUACCAGUGUAAUGAUGUAGCAAUGCAAUGUAUUUAUGAUGAAUCCUUAAUAUUGGGUGAUGUGAUUUUAAAUUUGUGUUAGAUUUGUUUGUCUUUUGUGUCAUGAGGUGCUUGUUACUGUUCAUUGACUGAGAAAGAAAAAUCAUAUGUAUAUUUAGGCAUCUGAAAGUUUUAUAUAGAGAAUUAUUCAGAGCACAAAUAAGUUUAUAGCAAUGAAUUAAGUGAUGGUAGUUAUGAGAGAGAGAGAGAGAGAGAGAGAGAGAGAGAGAGAGAGAGGUUCAUAUGAUUUGAAUGAUAAAGUGAGUGUGCAGGGGUGAGAGAGAUUGGGAAUGAAUGGCAAUAGGAAAAUUUGGAAAAGUUUGUGUGGGCAAGUUUUGUGCAAAGAUAUGUUGAAGUAGUUAUAUCCUAAUGUAUAAUGAAGACUUUGGGAAGUGAAGAGUGGGUAUGGAGGAAAAUGAGGAGCAGGAAUGACAUGACAGUUAUGGCUGGAACAAUACUAGUGUUUGUAAGGCAAUACAACUCAUCACUUGUAAUAAUCACAAAGGUCUUAUUUUUCUGUACUUUCACCAUGUAGAUUGUGAAGUAUUUAGGAGAAAUAAAUAUUUGUCAUAAAAA